AGGACUUCCGGGGCGGGGCCUGGAGGAGCGGAAGUUCCGGCGGCGCCAGGGUCGGGCGGGUUCGGCCGGAGGCGGCGGGAAGGCUGGCUCGCCGGGCGGGGCAGCCAUGAACCUGGAGCGCUUGCGGAAGCGUGUGCGGCAGUACCUGGACCAGCAACAGUAUCAAAGUGCUUUAUUUUGGGCAGAUAAAGUAGCCUCACUCUCUCAUGAGGAGCCCCAGGACAUUUACUGGUUGGCUCAGUGUCUUUACCUGACAGCACAGUAUCAUAGAGCAGCUCAUGCGCUUCGGUCACGAAAACUGGACAAAUUGUAUGAAGCAUGUCGUUAUCUUGCAGCUAGAUGCCAUUAUGCUGCAAAAGAGCAUCAGCAGGCUCUUGAUAUUCUUGACAUGGAGGAGCCAAUCAACAAAAGACUAUUUGAAAAAUACUUAAAGGACGAAAGUGGCUUGAAAGACCCCUCCAGUGACUGGGAGAUGUCACAGUCCUCAAUAAAGAGUUCUAUUUGUCUUUUACGAGGGAAAAUCUAUGAUGCUCUGGAUAACCGAACCCUAGCGACCUACAGCUAUAAAGAAGCUUUGAAGCUCGAUGUCUACUGUUUUGAAGCAUUUGAUCUUUUAACGUCACAUCACAUGUUGACAGCCCAAGAAGAAAAAGAACUUCUUGAGUCACUACCUCUUAGCAAGCUCUGUACUGAGGAACAGGAAUUGCUACGUUUUCUAUUUGAGAACAAAUUAAAGAAGUAUAAUAAGCCUAGUGAAACUGUCAUCCCUCAGUCUGCAGAUGGUUUGCAGGAGAAUCUGGAUGUGGUCGUGUCUUUAGCUGAAAGGCAUUAUUAUAACUGUGAUUUUAAAAUGUGCUACAAACUUACUUCUGUAGUAAUGGAAAAAGAUCCUUUCCAUGCAAAUUGUUUACCUGUACAUAUAGGGACACUUGUGGAGCUGAAUAAAGCAAAUGAACUUUUCUAUCUCUCUCAUAAAUUGGUGGAUUUAUAUCCUAGUAAUCCUGUAUCUUGGUUUGCAGUGGGAUGCUAUUAUCUCAUGGUUGGUCAUAAAAAUGAACAUGCCAGAAGAUAUCUCAGCAAAGCUACGACUCUUGAGAAGACCUACGGGCCCGCGUGGAUCGCGUAUGGGCACUCGUUCGCGGUGGAGAGCGAGCACGACCAGGCAAUGGCUGCGUACUUCACAGCGGCACAGCUGAUGAAAGGGUGCCAUUUGCCAAUGCUCUAUAUCGGAUUAGAAUACGGAUUGACCAAUAACUCAAAAUUGGCUGAAAGAUUCUUUGGCCAAGCUCUAAGUGUUGCACCAGAAGACCCUUUUGUUAUGCACGAGGUUGGAGUGGUUGCGUUUCAAAAUGGAGAAUGGAAAACAGCAGAAAAAUGGUUUCUCGAUGCUUUGGAAAAAAUUAAAGCAAUUGGGAAUGAGGUGACAGUUGACAAAUGGGAACCUUUGUUGAACAACUUGGGGCACGUCUGCAGAAAACUUAAAAAGUAUGCCGAGGCGUUGGACUACCAUCGCCAGGCACUGGUGUUGAUUCCUCAGAACGCCUCCACCUAUUCUGCCAUAGGCUACAUCCAUAGUCUGAUGGGCAACUUCGAAAACGCCGUGGACUAUUUCCACACAGCCCUUGGUCUUAGGCGAGAUGACACAUUUUCUGUUACAAUGCUUGGUCAUUGCAUUGAGAUGUACAUUGGUGAUUCUGAAGCUUAUAUUGGAGCAGACAUUAAAGACAAGUUAAAAUGCUAUGACUUUGAUGUGCAUACGAUGAAGACACUGAGAAACAUUAUUUCACCUCCCUGGGAUUUCAGGGAAUUUGAAGUAGAGAAACAGACUGCGGAAGAGACAGGGCUUGCACCCCUGGAAACCUCAAGGAAAACACCAGAUUCCAGACCCUCCUUGGAAGAAACCUUUGAAAUUGAAAUGAAUGAAAGUGACAUGAUGUUAGAGACAUCUAUGUCAGACCACAGUACGUGAUUCCAGAUGGGCCCCAGUUCCGUUUGUCGAGAGCAGGUCCGUGUUUCCUCACAGCUUUGUCAUGUCUUAAGAAUUUCCCAUUUCUCACCCUGAAUUCAGACUAUACCUCAGCGUUUAGGAACAGAGACCUGCCUUAAGAGACUGGAUUGCAUGCCUUUGCAACAGAUGUUUUCUGAUCCUACAAAAUAGUUAUGUGUCAUGGAAUAAAGAAGGUAAACCAUC